GAUUUAGCACGAGCAGAUGAUCCGCCCUCAGUAAAACCCUAUUACCCUGUUUCACAGUUGCAACGGUUAGAAAUACGAAGCAUAUGCAGCGUGAAGGGAACUGAAGCAAGAACGCAGAGCCUCUGUCGAUCUGCCGUUGGUGAUCUGAGGAUUUAAGUUUGUUGCAGCCACCGUGUACGAAGACGACGCAGAUCUGCCGUCGACAAGUCCGACCAUGACAGCAGCUAAGAUUGUGGGUGGCAUAGUGGGAUCCUUUGCUAUUGCUUAUGUAGUCGAUUAUUUUAUUGCUGACAAGAAGAUGUUUGGAGGUACCACCCCCAGAACUGUUUCAAGCAAAGAAUGGUGGGACGAAACUGAUAAUAAGUUCCAGGCAUGGCCACGUACAGCAGGACCCCCAGUGGUGAUGAACCCUAUCAGUCGCCAGAAUUUUAUUGUGAAGGCCCGUACUGAUUCUUAAGGUUUGAGCUUAUGGCUGGCAGUGAUCGAAGUUAUAAGGACUAUCAGUAGAGUUUUCUUUUAAAAAAUUGGUUGGUAUCGAUGAACCUUUUGGAAUAUGAAUAAUUCUCAUGGAAGAAACAAUCCAUUGUGAACUCUGUUUCUUUUGGUACAUAAAGUAAUACAUAUGCAUUUGCAGAUCUGUUAAUUAUAA